UCAUUUUCGUGAGAAACCAUUUUAGUUCCUUCAACUUCCAAACUAAAAUUCUCUCUAAACUCUGAGAAAUCAAUCAGGAAGAGGAAGAAAGAAAGAAGUAGCAAAAUUUGAAGGAAAUGCUGAAUCUUUCUCUAUCUUCUCCCCCAGUAGGAACAACCCUCCAAAACCCUAAACCCUGUACCAUCAAACUUCUCUCCUCCAUCACCGCCACUCCUUUCACUCGUUUGAAUCCCAAAUCCUCCUUUUCUCUCUUUACCUCCAAAACCCUCUCCUUGAAAUGCCGGUAUCAAGACUAUUCUGAUAAACAGCAACAGGGUCUUCCUUCAAAUCGAUAUCCACCAAAUGAUUCUUCAUUUGGUUCACAACCAGCCGCCGCUUCGCCGCCAAGGUUUUUUGUAGGACAUUCAAUAUACAAAGGGAAGGCAGCUCUAACUGUGGAACCUCGUAUGCCGGAUUUUUUACCCCUUGAUUCUGGAGAUUUCAAGCUGUCCAAGGAAGGAUUUGUAUUGCUUCAGUUUGCUCCUGCUGCAGGUGUUCGUCAGUACGAUUGGAGUAGAAAACAGGUUUUCUCAUUGUCAGUGACUGAGAUUGGAUCUUUGAUUAGCUUGGGAGCUCGAGAUUCAUGUGAAUUCUUCCAUGAUCCUUUCAAAGGCAAAAGUGAUGAAGGUAAAGUGAGAAAGGUUUUGAAAGUAGAACCACUUCCAGAUGGCUCUGGUCACUUCUUCAAUCUCAGUGUGCAAAACAAGCUUGUAAACGUAGAUGAGAGCAUUUACAUUCCCGUCACUAAAGCAGAGUUUACAGUUCUUAUCUCAGCAUUCAAUUUCAUCUUGCCUUAUCUAUUGGGUUGGCAUGCUUUAGCUAAUUCGGUUAAGCCAGAGGAUGCUAGUCGUGCGAGUGCAAGAACAGCGGGAUCUGCAGAAUCUGAAUGGAACAGAUAGUUGGUUCAUAAUGGUUUAGUUUUUGCUUACAAGAGAUUGCAGUUUUGUAACUCUCUCCCUUUUUUAUCCAUUGGGUUGCAUUUGUAUGUCCUUAUAAUAGUCUCUAAGUGAUCAAGAUGGUGCUUCUCAUCUUUCUUUUGUUCUUCUACUAAUGGAUCAUUGAAUGCAAGUUUUAAUCAGAAACUUUAUACAAAUAAUUUCAUUUUUAAUUAAGACA